CCCGAACUGAAUGAAUCAUUCAAUUGAGCGGCAGCCCUUAAACCUUGCAAUUGGUCGAGAUCAUUGAACGCUCUCAACGGCCGUCGGUCGAGCGUGAAAUUUUCAUUCACAUAUUCAAUAUUCAAGUUGUAAACUCUCAAACCCUGCACAGACCUUCAAAACUUUAGAUCUGACCCAGUCGCAGCGCACAUACGUUUCACGAGCUCCCAGAGACGACAAUUCAACCGCUGAUAGCUGAACCGAAGCUGAACGGUUUUCCAACAUGACGUCCACCAUCACUGCGACCGCGUCUUUGCUGCCGACAGCAACGGGGCAGCUCAGUACACAACCGCCUAUCACGCAGAUCAUUCCCAUACUUCGUGCGACAUUCAGCCUUCUGCGCACUUUCUUGUCUCAAGCCUUACGAGUUGUGGUCGCGCUUGCCACUCCGUUACUCAUCUUCGUGCCCCUUAUAUCCCGCCUACUUGCUCCGGUUAUACUCGUCUUCCAUAUUGUAUUAGACGCCACAGUCUACACCCCAUACACGAUUAUUUCCAACGUAGCUGCUGCGCUCUACCCCCUCUAUAUGUUCUGUGGUGUCGCUUGCAUCUUUGGGGCGGUUCUUGGCAUUCUUGGGAGGUCUUUGGUCACACUCUCGAACAACAUCAUUGCUCCCGAAUUACCGAAGGCUACUGAGUCGCUGCAGGCAUUGUCGAUGCGACCAAGGAAGAGAAGGAGAAAGAGUUCUUUUACGGAAAAUUCAUAGUCUCUUUCACUUUUACUUCGCUGUUCAGCAGAUUGGUUGGCACUGUCAGUAACCUUGUAGAGUGCAGGCAGCCCACCGGUAAAGUCUGCCCGGAGCCUCUUGUUAUAUCACAUGUAUAGGCUCUCAAGGGUCCAUCAUCAUUUCAGACUUGACCGUCAAUACUACAGUUCAUCUCACACA